AAUCGCACAGCUGAACCCAAGUACCUGAUCCCGGACCGCCGGACCUUUGAAUCCUGAUGCGGAGAUGGCCGCCUCCCAUCCCAGGCGUCGCCCACCGCCGCGCGGCUGCCGCAGCCGCAGCCACGGUUGCAUCCCCCACGGACGAACUGAUCCGGCAACACAACCGUUCCCUCGCGGCUCUCCUCCGUCGCGGCAGCCUCGCCGCAGCCUGGCGCCUCUUCGACGCUCUCCCAGCCCGCUCCGUCGUGACCUGGAACUUGCUCUUAGCGGCGCUAGCCCGCCGCGGCGACGUAAGUGCUGCUAACGCCUUCUUCGCCUCCAUGCCUGUCCGGGACGUUGUGUCAUGGAACACUCUCCUCGCCGCCUACUCCCGCUCGUCGCACUCCCACCACCUCGCCGCCGCGCGCCGCCUGUUCGAUGAAAUGCCACAGCGCGACGGUGUCACGUGGAACACCCUCCUCGGUGCCUAUGUGCGCCGCGGGCUCAUGGGCGAGGCCAGGAAGCUGUUCGACGAGAUGCCACAGAGGGGCAUCACUUCUUGGAACACGAUGGUCACCGGGCUCUUUGCUGCUGGUCAGGUGAGCAAGGCCCUCGACAUGUUCAAUGCGAUGCCUGUGAAGGACUCUGCGUCGCUGGGCACACUGGUGUCUGGGUUAACGAAGAAUGGCUGGUUGCAUGAGGCAGAGGAGCUGUUGACAAAGCGCUUGAGGGUGACAGACAUGGGCAUGGCUGUUGAUGCUUACAACACGCUCAUUGCUGCGUAUGGACAAGUCGGGAGGGUGGACGAUGCCAGAAGAUUAUUCGAUAUGAUACCCGAAGGUCAGUAUCAGCACCAGAUGAGCAAUAUGAGGGUGUUUCAGAGGAAUGCUGUGUCAUGGAACACAAUGAUGAUGUGCUAUACCAGAACUGGAGAUCUUUGCUCAGCUAGGAUGCUGUUUGAUGAGAUGCCGGCUAAGAACUUGGAAUCAUGGAACACUAUGAUUGCUGGGUAUGCCAAGGUGUCCAAUAUGCAGGAAGCAGAGAAGCUGUUUUGGGAAAUGCCAGACCCUGAUAUGGUAUCUUGGAAUUUAAUAAUACGAGGAUUCACACAGAUAGGACAGGUUGAGCAUGCCCGUGGAUUUUUUGAUAGGAUGCCAGAGCGUGAAAUCAUCUCCUGGAAUACAAUGAUAUCAGGUUAUGAACAAAAUGGGGACUAUGAUGGUACAAUUGAGCUAUUUUCAAAAAUGCUAGAAGUUGGCGUGAUGCCUGAUCGGCACACCUUCUCUUCAGUUCUAGCAGCAUGUGCUUCGCUCCCUAUGUUGCGGCUUGGAGCUCAGCUCCACCAAUUUAUUGAGAAGUCUUUUCUGUCAGAUACUGCAACUAGCAAUGCCCUUAUAACAAUGUACUCCAGAGGCGGGGCAAUAACUGAUGCGGAAGCCAUCUUCAAUCAGAUGUAUACGCAAAAAGAGUUAGUGACUUGGAAUGCACUGAUAGGAGGUUAUGAACACAAUGGUCGUGCUACAGAAGCGUUGCAGCUGUUCGAAGAAAUGAGGAGAGCCAGGGUUAUGCCAACACAUAUAACUUUCAUUUCUCUUUUGAGUGCAUGUGCAAAUGCUGGCCUUGUCUCUGAAGGACUGAGGGUUUUCCAAACCAUGGUCCAUGAGUAUAGCAUUGCUGCUAGGAUUGGGCACUACUCAGCACUUGUCAAUCUCAUAGGUCGACACGGUCAGCUUGACGAUGCAUUGGAGGUAAUAAAUAGCAUGCCAAUUGCUCCGGACCGAUCUGUGUGGGGAUCUUUCCUCGGAGCAUGUACGGCGAAGAAGAAUGAACCACUGGCUCACAUGGCUGCAAAGGCAUUAUGCAAGAUUGAUCCUGAGAGUUCUGCUCCAUAUGUUAUGAUUCAUAACUUACAUGCUCGUGAGGGAAGGUGGGGAAGUGCAUCUGUGGCAAGGGAAGAGAUGGAACGGCAAGGUGUUCACAAGCAUCCUGGAUACAGCUGGAUUGAUUUGCACGACAAGUUGCAUGUCUUCAACGCAGGAGAUACCUCCCAUCCCUUUAUCCAGGAGAUAUAUUCAGUUCUAGAAUGUUUUGACAUGUCAUCCAGGGAUUGGAGCUAGACAGUACGUGGGCUUAUUUUGCUGGCUUUGUAAGGCGGCAGUUGCACAAGCCAAGAAACAUGGGGAUGAGCCAGGCAACUCAAGUGAGUUUGUAUUACUCCCACUUAUCUGGUACACAUGUGUUUUGAUACUCAAAUAUACUUUGAAGUGUUGUUUCACAUCUAAUCAUGAACCAUGUUGUCACAUUAUCUCUCUCAAAAACAUGUGUGCAAGGCCUGUCUGAACAGAUCCCACAACAGGUGCACUUAAAGAUUGGCACAUAAGUUA